AUGGUCAACAGGGUUUUGCGAGAAGACCCGGGGAAGAGCGGAAUGCAUAAUCGCGAAGCCAUCACGCCUCAGCUCCUCUGGAACAGCCUUAAAGACUUUGAUCUCUGGCCCAUCUACCUCAUCGGCCUGACGUUCGAAAUCCCAAUGGGUCCACCAAAGCUCUAUCUGACCCUGACACUGCGUAGCCUGGGCUUCGAUACCUUCCAGUCUAACCUCCUCAGUAUCCCCUACACCCUUGGCCAUAUGAUCAUGAUGCUGGGCCUCACCUACAUCGGCGAGAUUUUCAAAGAGCUCUCCUACGUGUCAAUGAUCGGCCAAGUCUGGGCCUUGCCGCUACUCAUUUUCCUCAACAUUGUCAACACGGACGAGAUCAACAGGUGGCUCUUCUACUUCGUCAUCAUCCUACUGUUGAUGUAUCCCAAUCGUGAGCACAAAGCGUCCUGUUGUAGAUACGUCCAUUGUUAA